AAACCAAAGUAAUACCAAAGAACUCUGUGCGUGGGGGGAAGAGACGGGGGAGUGAAAUUGGAGCACCACACUCGAUGAAAUAUACGAACGCCAAGCUCUCCAUAAGCCAAACAAGCAUACGACGGAGUAGGGAGGCCCAGCAUCGAGACUGUUAUCGCAACUGCGCAAGAGAUGCAAAUGAAAUUUCCAUCAAUCUCUCUUUAAUCCCAGAGGUUUCACAGGCCCAUCUUCGUCUGAUUUUCGUUUCGUUUCGCUCUACGUAAACCUAAAGAUCUUCAGAUCAAGAAAAGGACUCAGAAUGCCGCAGGUGAAGAUCAUCGCCAAAAAUUUCAUGGACAUGGUGGCCUCUUUGCCUGCCUUCAAGUUGGACAAACUCUACGACAAUGCAUUCAUCUGUGAAGCCAUUAUCAGGUCUUUGCCACCUUUGGCAAAGAAAUAUGUUUUGCAAAUGCUAUACAUAGAUGUUCCAGUAUCAGCCAAAACUAUGGAAGAGUGGUUACUUGUGGAUGGGUUCUCUAAGCAUAAAGUUGCCAUUGAUCGAUUAAUUCAGCUGAGAGUAUUUAUUGAAACAGCUGACAGGAAAAGGGAAAUUACAUACCGAUUAAAUCCAACAUUUCAGGUUAUCGUCCAGAAACAUUUAAUAUAUGGUGGAGUUUUAUCGAGGGAAGCGAUGCCUUCUAAUAUCACAGUGAGGCUCCCAACCUUGGAGGACUUGGAGGUUUAUGCCCUUGAACAGUGGGAGUGUUUCUUGCUGCAUCUUAUAAAUUCAACCCAAUCUGAAAGAGUGACAAACUUCAGCUCUUCUAUGAUGAAAGUGUUCCAGCGAGGCCUGUUGAGUCAAAGAGAGAAAGAAGCCCCAAGACUAACUGAGAAUGGUUUCCAGUUCUUGUUGAUGGAUAUAAAUGCACAACUUUGGUACAUCAUCAGGGAAUACAUCUCAAAUUCCGAGGAGCGAGGAGUGGAUGCAGCAGAUUUGAUUUCAUUUCUGUUAGAGCUUAGUUUUCACGUCACAGGCGAGGCAUAUAAUGUGAACACAUUGACUGAGGUUCAGAGAAACACAAUCAAGGACCUUGCAGAUUUAGGAUUGGUCAAACUUCAGCAGGGUAGAAAAGAGACUUGGUUUAUUCCUACUAAAUUAGUUACUAAUCUUUCAAUGAGCUUAACAGAUUCUUCAUCCCGGAAACAGGGAUUUGUAGUUAUCGAAACAAAUUUUAGGAUGUAUGCUUAUUCGUCAUCUAAAUUGCACUGUGAGAUUUUACGCCUUUUCUCAAGGAUAGAGUAUCAACUCCCUAACCUUAUAGUUGGGGCAGUAACGAAAGAAAGCUUGUACAAUGCUUUUGAAAAUGGCAUUACAUCAGAACAAAUAAUUUCUUUUCUUCAGCAAAAUGCACAUCCUCGUGUUAUGGAACGAAUUCCAUCUGUACCUGAAAAUGUCACUGAUCAGAUUAGGCUUUGGGAAUCAGAUCUGAACAGAGUUGAGAUGAUGCCUUCAUAUCUUUAUGACGAAUUUCCUUCUAGGGAGGUCUUUGAGACUGCUUGUGAAUUUGCUCGAGAAGGCGGUGGCUUGCUAUGGGAGGAUACAAAGAAGAUGCGCCUGGUAGUAAAAGCAGACAUGCACAUGCAAAUGCGAGAAUAUCUCCGUCGUCAGAAAUAGAAGCCCUAUGUUUCUAAUUUUCUCAUCAAAUGUACAACUACAAAUCAGCAAGAAGGAUUGAAGCCGCAUAUGAUGGAAGAGCAACCAUCUUCUGCUUUAUCUCACAAAUUCCUUCGGUAGAGCCGUCUGCUCUUCCAGUGAGGCAUCAACCGAGGUCAAAAUCUUAAAAUCAUGUUGAAAAAUUAUCUCAGAAGACAGAAGGGCGUGUAGGUGCUGUAUUACCGUUGUACAAUUGAAAUGUGUAUUUAAAUUUCAAUGAGCACAAAGAUAAAAGGAAAGUCAAAUCUAUCCACGGCUUGUAAUGCAUGCAGGUUGAGAAUAUUCAAAUGUUAAUCCAUAGUUAUAUUGCUCUAUUAUGAUAUCAAGGCUGCAUUUUCUUUCAA